AUGGUCAUGCAGAUGGGCCAGUUCAUCGACCAUGAUUUCGUUCUCACGCCUGUUGUUCAAGGCGCCGACGACAAACCCCUGGAAUGUAAGGAAUGCAGCUCGUGGACCAACCCUGGCUGUGCGCCCAUUCCCAUUCCUAGGAAUGACCCCUUCCUGUCCGGCCACGACGCCAAGACGGGGAAGCUUCGAACCGCCGUCAGAGGGCGACCUAAUGGCUUUGGUCGUUACUCGGUCGACCAGAUCAACACCAACACUGGAUUUCUGGAUUUGUCGACGGUCUACGGCACCAGCGACUGCCGCAUGAACCGCCUGCGACUGUUUGCCAACGGUCACAUGACUGAGACUCGGGUCAUGAACUUCGACAAAGGGGUUUUGCCUCUGGUUCCUGGCGACAUGUUCGAGGACUGCCGUACGAAGCAUAGCAAGUGCUUCAUGGCAGGGGAUGACAGGAGCAACGAACACCUCGGCAUCAUGGUCUCUCACAUUCUGUUCCUUCGUGAGCAUAAUCGCAUUGCCAUGGGACUCGCGAAGAUCAACCCCCACUGGGACGACGAGAGGAUCUAUCAGGUCUCCAGGCAGAUCAACAUCGCGCAAUAUCAACACAUGGUUUACAACGAGUUUAUCCCAACACUCAUCGGUUACUGGAAGGCUAAAGAAUACGAUUUGCUUCCUCUGAGAAACGGUUACUCGGAUCGCUACGACAGCCGCGUGAACCCCGGCGUCCUGAACGAGUUCUCGACGGCGGCCUUCCGUCUGGGCCACACCAUGAUCCCCGACGACUUCCGGAUGCUGGACAAGGACUACCUGCCCGUCUCGUCGUUCCCGCUCGUCGAGACCUUCCACAAUACGACCAUGGUGUUCCCGAUGGAAUCCGGCGACUACCUGGUUCGCGGGAUGGUAGGAACCAGGUUGAAACCGGUCGACCUGCAACUCGUGGACAUCGCCCUCGACAGGCUCUUCGAGAAAUUAGGAGUUCCUCAUUCGGGAGAAGACCUCUUCGCCAGGAACGUUGCUAGAGGCAGAGACCACGGCAUUGCUUCGUACACUACAUAUCGACAGUUCUGUGGUCUGGGACCUACUGCGCAUUUCGACGACCUGAGAAACACCAUGUCAGACGAAGCAAUAACCACCUUUCGGCAGGUCUACGCUAGUGUGCAUGAUAUUGACCUCUAUGUCGGCGGUCUGGCAGAGAAGCUGUUGCCUGGGGCUUUAGUGGGCCCGACAUUCGCCUGCAUUAUCGCCUUCCAAUUUCUCAACAGUAAACGUGGAGAUAGAUUUUGGUACGAGAACAAGGACGCAGGCUUCAGCUACGUGCAGCUCCACGCCAUCCGCAGCACAGCUUCCUUCUCCAGCAUAAUGUGCGAAAAUAUGUCUGAGAAGUUCGACCACAGGAUACCGACCCAAGCGCUGCGUUUACCGUGCAACCGAAAGAAUCCUCUUACUCCGUGUAGCCGCCUGCACAAGCUAGACCUGCAUCUGUGGGCCGAGAAACCGACGUUCCUGCCCAAGCCCUGUACGUACAUGAGCGUAGUGUACCGCCCUGGUGCUCCUGUGUCCGUGUCACCUUGUCUCGCCUGCGUCUGUCACGCGGAUGGCAAGCUCCAGUGCAAGCCCGUCCCCCGAGGCUGCGAGUACCCUGGAAUGGACGAGUACUGUAAACUCUACUGUGACGAAAGCGCAUACCUGUCAAGAAGUGUCCUGCCCGACCAUACCGACCCCUUCCAUAUCAAUGUCAGACUUGUUGGCGUUUUGGCCACCCAGGCAGACAUUGUUGCUCCAAAGCCCUCCUGCCCCCCUGCCCUCUGUGCCCAACCUGGUCAUGGCCGGUCAUAUUGCUCUGCUCAGCCAUGUGUUCCAAAUGAGGUGGCUCCCAAAAUGUAUUUUGUAGAAGCUGCCCUGCAUCUGAGCCUGUCCAAACAAGUGGGCAUGAUCGAUGGACACACAGUUAUAUUGGUGGAGAGUCCUGCCAUGCUCAAGAAUACUGACUCCCCAGUGCCUCCCAUCUUCCCCUUCGUCCUGCUCAUCGCAUCAGACAAUCUAAAUGCAAAGCAGUUCCUAUAA